CAGGAACAAGGUUCAAUGUUUUGCUGUCAUUUUUGGUUUGCUUCUUGGCAUUUUUUUUUUCCAACAAGACUGAAAUCAACCUGGGAGUAGCAACAGGCCCUGAACUCGGUAGUGUUCAAACUAAUUGGGAAGGAAACUGAGAGACUGCUCAUGCAUCAUUUUCAAUUGCCAAAUCCUUGGGUUGUGUGCCUAAUUGCUCUAAUAUCAACCUUUUCUUCCAGCAUUUCACAGCUUUGAUGAGCAAUUCACCUCUCUCAGCAUCUAGCAAAUUUGGUAAUGACGCUUCCUCCAAAAUUGCUGGUAAAUCCACGAAAUAAGAUCCCAUUUUUAGUUCUUAUUUGGUCAGAUGCAUCUGCUGAAUCGAAGUGUGGGGAACAUCAUCUUCUUUCUGAUGAUGCUUGCUUGUGCAAUAAACUUCUAAUCCUGCCUAUCCAACUUUUCUGUUUCUGACCAUGUUACUUGGUCUACCAGGUCUCCUCAUAUCUUUUGCUUGCUGCCCUUAAUAUUCCUUUCCUUAGGCUUUUGUUUAUGUAAAUACCAUUCUUUGUCCCCCAACCUCAGUAUCAGUGUAUCACCAGGACUAUAUAUUCAGCCCGAUGAUAACUAUUUAUUUAUAUAUUUAUUCGCCAACUAUUACUACUGGGUCCGCUUGAAUAACAAAGAUAUGGCGGAGGACGAGUCCCGCUCCCUGGAGUACACAUCUACAUGGAUAGUAGCUGCUGUUUGCUCCAUCAUUGUUCUGGUAUCUUUUGCUGCAGAGCGUGGUCUUCAUCGACUUGGAAAGUUGUUGUUACAUAAAAGUCAAGACGCACUGUUUGAGGCCUUACAAAAAUUAAAAGAAGAACUGAUGCUGUUGGGGUUUAUUUCCCUUCUAUUAACGGUUACCCAAGGUCCAAUAACCAAGAUAUGCAUUCCUGAUGAUGCUGCAUCUCACAUGCUUCCCUGCAAAAUGCCCACUAGCCACGUUUCAGAGAGCUACCACCGUCGCUAUCCUCCUCAAACUGUAAACAGUAUCGGAAAACGACUUUUGCUUGAGAGUAGUACUGGCCAGCAUUGUGCCCAGGGGAAAGUUCCUUUGUUAUCACUAGAAGCAUUGCACCAUUUGCACAUUUUCAUCUUUGUAUUGGCAGUAGUUCAUGUGAUCUUCUGUUGCACCACCAUGGUUCUUGGAGGGGCAAAGAUACGCCAAUGGAAGAAGUGGGAGGAUUCAAUUAGGAAUGAACCUAUUUCAAGAAGAAAUGAGUCUGUCCCAGAGCUUGCCGAGAGAAAGGAAACUGUACAUUGGAGGAAGUCGGCUAUAGUAAGUUGGAUGAUGUCAUUCUUCAAACAAUUUUAUGGCUCUGUAACCAAGUCAGACUACAUUACACUGCGAGAAGGAUUUAUAGCGGCCCAUUGUGCUUCAAAUCCUAAAUUUGAUUUUCAUAAUUACAUGAUGAGAACACUUGAAGUUGAUUUCAAAAAAGUUGUGGGCAUAAGCUGGUACCUAUGGCUUUUUGUGGUGUUCUUUCUGCUGCUAGAUGUGGAAGGGUGGCACACAUAUUUUUGGCUAGCUUUUCUACCCUUGAUUCUUCUACUUCUUGUGGGUGCUAAGUUAGAACACAUCAUCACCCGUUUAGCUCAGGAGGUUGACGAGGAAAAGGCAAAGGGCUAUGAAGCAAGAGUGAAGCCGUCUGAUGAACAUUUUUGGUUUCGUCGUCCAAGCAUUGUUCUUUACUUGAUUCACUUCAUUCUGUUUCAGAAUUCAUUUGAGAUUGCCUUCUUCUUCUGGAUCUGGAGCACAUAUGGAUUCAAUUCUUGCAUCAUGGAAAAAUUGGGCUACAUCAUCCCAAGACUUUUAAUGGGUGCGCUUGUUCAAGUGCUCUGCAGUUACAGUACUUUACCUUUGUAUGUCAUCGUAACCCAGAUGGGUAGCAUGUUCAAGGAAGGCAUGUUUCAUCAACACGUGCACCAAUCUAUACUUGGUUGGGCUCACGGGCAUUCAAAUGAAUAAUUCACCCUCAUUACUGAAGAAUUCAGCUUUCUGGUCCUGCCAAGACUCUCAUGUUAUCCUCUUUUAAGUUUCUUCAUUGGGGAGCAUCAAUUUGACAAUUUGGUUCCUCUUAAUAAUGAUUACUCAUCUUAAUCUAUAUAAAACACACUACAGUUUUCUUUCAAA